GCGGGACCUGGCGCUGGGUUAGGUUUGGUUGAGAGAGCGCAGGCGGCGCCAGGAGGGGGAGAGGUCGCGGCCGGUGGCGGUGGCGCAGGCGGGAGGUGGACAUGGCUCAGCACGGCGGCUACCGGCAGCCUCCCAAGCAGAGGCUGCGAGGAAUGAACACCAACAUGAUGGAUCCCAACCAGCUCUUUGAUGACACCAGCGCCUCCCAGAACCCGCAGCCCACUGGCUAUGCCAUCCAAGGGAUCGACGUGGGGCUUCCAAUCAAUAACUUUCUCGGUGAGCCUGUGGCCAACGUCGCCAUGGCCUAUGGCACAACGAUCGCUAGCCAAGGGAAAGACAUGGUUCAUAAAGAGUUGAACAGGUUCAUGUCCAUCAACAAGCUGAAGUAUUUCUUCACAGUCGACACCAGAUACGUCACCAAGAAGCUGGCUCUGCUAAUGUUCCCUUAUACCCAUCAGAACUGGGAGCUUGGGUAUCACGCAGACUCGCGCUUGACCCCACGAGAGGACUAUCACGCCAAUGCUCCAGACCUCUACAUUCCAACCAUGGCAUUCAUUACCUACAUUCUGCUGGCAGGGGUGGCCCUGGGCAUCCAAAAGAGGUUCUCUCCCGAGGUGUUGGGUAUGUGUGCCAGCACUGCUCUUGUGUGGAUCAUUAUUGAGGUUCUGGCCCUUGUCCUGGCACUCUACCUAAUAUCAGUGCACACAGAUCUCACUACAUUUGACCUUAUUGCAUACAGCGGAUACAAGUAUGUAGGGAUCAUAAUCACCAUUCUAAGUGGCUUGUUAUUUGGGCGAGAUGGUUACUAUGUGGCAUUAGCCUGGACAUCCUGUGCAAUCAUGUUCUUCUUAGUCCGCUCCUUGAGAAUGAAGGUCCUCUCCUCAUCGGGCGUAGCGACCAGCCACAGUUCCAAGAACCGGCUGAGGAUGUACGUCACCCUGGCUCUCGCUGCCUUCCAGCCCCUCAUUAUCUACUGGCUGACUGUUCACCUGAUUUGGUGAGGAGGUCCGGGGCGGGGUGGGGAUGGGACAUCUGCCUUUCCAUUCCGCCGCGUGAGGUUGGUCUUUCCCCUCCGUGGAAGAACCAAUGCCAGCUGUUUUUAAUAAGAUGCCGUAAAGAUUGAACUGUUGUUGAGUUUUGACACUUAGACCAGCUGCCUUGGUCAAAGUCGGACAUGGUACGUAAUUCAGUGAAGCAUCCUCAUUGUGAUCUGUGAGUGUGAGCUCACCAUGGAGAGCCUUGUACAGGGAGUCUUGCCGGUGUAUCUGCACACUGGAGAGCGGCAGUGACUGUGGACUGUGAGGUGGCGUGCUGGGGUUGCUGCAUUGUUGCUGACUCUCAUUGUGGGCCUUGUCCGUGAAGAACCAAGGACAGAGAGAGAGAGAGAAGGAUCGCCGAACUCAGUUCACGUUGCUCCCGGGUCAACAGCUCAAGGCCAUGGAAGUUCAUCUUUCAGUUAAGGUGUUCUGCCCGCUCACCCUCCGCCAUCGUAUGAGACGCACAGGAUCGCCUGAUCUGCCUUGGAUUCUUCUCCCACCUGCCCACUUUGUAAUCUACCUGAAUCCAUCGCUUCCCGGCCAGAGGAUUUACAGACACGGCACCUCUGCUUCGGCGCAUUGUACCUGUGCUGUGUCACCGACAGUUUUUAAAUCGUGAAUUUUCAAAAGCAUAACAUGUCCAAUUCGAUUCCAAGUCAUCUGCAACUCGAUCCUUCCAUCUACUGGUUCCUGUUCCAGUUCCCUUUUGUCUGCUGCCCUCCUCCCUCCCUGUCAUCCAGGAGGAGGCAAAUCACGAAGUGCCUUUAAGAAGGGUCCUCGUUUCAAUCCUGCAAUACCUCUAUAACCAGCAAGGUCAGUUUAUUAGCACAGUGCCAACUGUGGGUAGUAUUCCCACUCCUAAAUUCUGCUUCUAACUUCAAGCAAUUUAACCAUGGCUCACCAGCGCAGUAAUGAGGGAGUGUUGCACUGUAUGUCUCCUGCUGCAGGAGAGAACAGGGAAUUUCUCCUUAGUUAUUUACCCCUCAUUCCACAUAGUGAAGCAGAUCGUCUGACCAUUGUCACACUCAUGUUAGAGCUCCCUGUGUACAAGUUGACCGUCCUUUUACUGACAUUUUAAACAGUGUUAUUUCGAAAGUAAUUUGUUGGCUGAGAAGUGCUUUAAAAUAUCCUGCAAGGGAUGUGAAAAGUGCUAUGGAAAUGCAAGCUCCUGGUAAGUAGAGGGAUAAGUGGGUACAAUUAUCUCAUCUUUACUUGUUGUCUAACCCCGGGUCGGUGCUCAGAGUGAACAGCUAUGCCUCCUACGUUUGACAUUUACAAGUGUCAACGUCAAGUGUCGAUGUCGACUCAGCACAGCUAGUCCCUGUUUCUGAACAGUUAGGCAUCAUAUUAAAAAAAAAAUAUUGGGAAAAUUACCAUCCCGCUCACAGGCUGAGUUGUAAGGCUAAAUCAACCCUGGGCACACUCCAACGUGACCCAGAUUUCCCUGCGGACAUUAUUGGAGCCCUUGGAGUAGUAUGCCCAUUAACGCACAUCCACAGGGAUUGACAAGAGUCCCGACAGGCAGUAACCCAUCAGCACUCCUUCCAGGGACUGAUCUGCUGAUGAACAUCACCGAUCCCAGGACUGGUGCACAAAGUGUCAGGAGAUGACUAACCUGUAGGCUUUGGCCUUCCUUCCCCAGUGUGAAGUCAACGGAGUGAAAUCUCCCACAAAGUGUGGCUUGGAUUUCUUGUGCUUCUCCCACAGGCUGUUUUCAAUCCUCACCAGGCUCCUGACCUGUGUAAAUAAAUAAACCGCAUAACAUUU